AUGAAUGGUAACGCCUCGGACGACAGUGACAUGUCGUUGUCGGCCGGCCUGCACCAGCUGGGCCAGGCCGAGCUGGCCGUGUGGUUCAUACUGUACGGUCUGAUUGCUUCGUUGUCCAUCUCCGGCAACCUGCUCGUACUGUACGUGUUCUAUUCGUGCUCACGGCUGCGUACGAUCACCAACUACUUCAUCAUCAACCUGGCCGUUGCCGACAUGGUCACCGGUAUGCUGGCCAUUCCGUUCAAGUUCCAAGCAGCACUGCUGCAGCAGUGGUUCCUGCCGAGCUUCCUGUGUAGCCUGGUGCCGUUCAUCGAGACCAUGUCGCUGUCGGUCAGCGUCUUUACGCUUAGCGCCUCCGCGGUCGACCGCUUGCGGGCCAUCUCGUUGAAGAACCGCAAGGCGCUAAGCGAGUGCAGCGCCAAGCUCCUGCUGGUGGUCAUCUGGAUGGUCAGCAUCGCGUUCAGCCUGCCGUACGGCAUCGGCCACAACGUGUUCGAUUUCCCAACUGGCCCCAACUCUUCGGUGCACGUCUGUCUGCCUAUUCACGAAGAGCAAACGUGGUGGAAAGCUUACAACGUCUACUUGACCAUUAUACAGUACUUCGUGCCUUUAGUGAUUAUUAACUGUGCGUACUGUUUCAUUGGCUAUCAGAUUUGGCUGACGAAGCCGGUCAUGAAGGUUUCGGAUCAGUCGUUUGAAAAGAGCAAGCGAACGGUACGUAUUUUCAGAACUACUUAUUUGAACAACGUACAAAAACAGAAUCACUGCAAAAUUUAUUGUCUCACUCCGUUGUCCUUUCCAUGGACAGCUUUCGCAUUGCGAUGAUC